UCGCAUCCUUCGGGAGAGUCGCUACGCGUUUCACGUACUUGGCGCUUCCCGGUUCCCUUUUUUCCCCGUCAAACCCGAAGCCGCGAAGGGGACACUCCGGAGUUCGCGUGAAGUGCUUUCCCCCGACGCCGUAGCGACUCAGAGCCGCGGAUAAAGUGUGGGAAUAAAUCCAUAAAGAGGCGUACGAAUCGAGGUCACCCGCUGUCUGGUGUCGGUUUUGGACCAUCUUGCUGAGUUGUCUACAGUCUACCAGCCACUUUUAUUAUUGGAUUACCGUUGGCAAAGCAGCAGAAGCUAGGAUUAGCAUUCAGUUUCCAGUUGUCCUCAGCUGGCUGUCCCCACAGGGAGUUAAUUAUUUCCAUUAGUACAAACGUCAGCUUGAGGUUACCAUUAGCUUUUUAAAAAUCCCGCCAGCGACUUGGCGUCAAACUGUUAGCAUUAGCUCUGAGUGCACGUCUGCGAGGUAACGUUAGCUGCCAGUAUGGAUCGUGGUAGCUGGAGCGGCAGCGAGAGUCCAGGGGACGACAUGGAGAGACUGAGCGACUCGGGAGGGGAUAAGACCAUGGACGGGGACCCCGAGGGGGUCUGGAGCCCCGACAUCGAGCAGAGCUUCCAGGAGGCCCUGGCUAUCUACCCGCCCUGUGGAAGGAGGAAGAUUAUACUGUCGGAUGAAGGGAAGAUGUACGGUCGGAAUGAGCUGAUAGCCAGAUACAUCAAGCUCCGAACAGGCAAGACGCGGACGAGGAAACAGGUAUCCAGUCACAUCCAGGUUUUAGCCAGAAGAAAAUCCAGGGAGUUUCAAUCCAAACUAAAGGACCAUAACGCCAAGGAGAAGGCCCUGCAGAGCAUCUCCUCCAUGUCCUCGGCCCAGAUCGUCUCGGCCACAGCCAUACACAGCAAGCUCCUGCCCGGAAUAGUACGGAGCAGCUUCCCCAGCAACGCACAGCUGUGGCAAGGAAUGAUUCCUGGAGGACAGUCCAGCUCCACCACGGAAGACAUCAAGCCGUUCUCUCAGCAGGCCUACCCGGUGCAGACAGCGGGGACCACCACAAUCUCAGGCUACGAGCCUCCCACUGCAGCCCAAACGCACAGAGAGCCGGCCUGGCAGGGUCGCUCCAUCGGCACCACCAAACUACGACUGGUGGAGUUUUCAUCUUUCCUGGAGACACAGAGGGACCAGGAGGCAUACAACAAGCACCUGUUUGUGAACAUCAGCCAGAGCAGCCUGAGCUACAGCGACCCCAUGCUGGAGUGUGUGGACAUCCGGCAGAUCUAUGACAAGUUCCCCGAGAAGAAGGGCGGCCUCAAGGAGCUGUUCGCCAAGGGCCCGCAAAACGCCUUCUACCUGAUCAAGUUCUGGGCCGACCUGAGUUACAAUGUGCAGGACGACCCGGCGGCCUUCUACGGUGUCAGCAGCCAAUACGAGAGCUCGGAGAACAUGACCAUCACCUGCUCCACCAAGGUCUGCUCCUUCGGCAAGCAGGUGGUCGAAAAGGUGGAGACGGAGUAUGCGCGGUUUGAAAACGGGCGCUUCGUCUACAGAAUCAGUCGCUCUCCGAUGUGUGAAUACAUGAUCAACUUCAUCCACAAGCUCAAGCACCUGCCGGAGAAAUACAUGAUGAACAGUGUGCUGGAGAACUUCACUAUCCUACUGGUUGUCAGCAACAGAGACACUCAGGAGACCUUGCUUUGUAUGGCGUGUGUGUUUGAGGUGUCCAACAGUGAGCACGGAGCUCAGCACCACAUCUAUCGACUCAUCAAGGAAUAACACAAACAAACACACUUGUACACACACACACAAACACACACACAUAUGGCCUUUUUGCUCGACGAUUAACGGUGACAUUGGAGAUAAAAUGUCUAAAAACGGAAUACUACAAACGUGUCUUUCAGCCAAACAACUCCAUUCGGUGAGGAAGAAAACGGCUGCAUUUUCACUGCUUCACACGAAAUGGGGUGGUUUUUAUUUAACAUCAGGUAUGAUGCAGAAUCCUCUUCAACCGGAGAAUUUCCACACAUGAAUCCUAACGCCAAUCUGUAUAUCAGAUGCUCAUUAGCUGUUAAAAGCACAGUGAAACACACCGGAAUCAACCUGGCUGGUUUUCCCCAAAAAACAUCCAGACUCUGAUAUCACCUGGAGAUGUCAUGUCUCCUGUUAAUUUGUUUCUUCCCCUAUUUCUCCCCGUAAAUUUGUAUUUUCCUGUACUGUAGAUGGAAAUGAAAGUGGUACUUCUGUCGCUUUUAUUUGGGAAAGUCAACCCAGGGACGAAAAUUACUUACAAUUGUCUCCUGUGACAAAGGUGUUUGUGUUAUCUGCCGAGAUACUGACGGACACUAAAGGUCAGACCCUGUGUAUCAUCAAUAACCAGAGAUGGAAAUAACACUACUGCGUUAUCAUAUAGUACAGUAUAGAGGAGUUUUGUACAGAUAGCCACUGCAAAUUGUGUGAGCUGCAUUCUUGCACAAAAAAGAGGUUUGUCCCCAAAGAAAAUAAAUCAAAUUUUACCAUUUUGUAUGUUUUCUUUAAAAAAAAAAGAAAAAAGAAUAGGUUCAAAACUUUGGGAAAUUGUUUAUUGAUAAAAGCAUAUAGAAUAUAUUUUAAUUCCAGGAACACUAUCUAAAAUGUAUGUUGAUAAGAAAGUAUAAAUGAAAUUGAAGAAUUCAGGUAGCUCUCUGUGCAACAAAUGAUUCUUCAUCAAGAUUGAAUAAAUUAAUACGUGUGUUGAAGCUAUAAUCCUUAAGAUUUCAGUCCCAGCUUCCUGUCAGUGCUUCACAAUAAAAGCCCUUCCAUGUUUUGUCUGUUGAAAGCUUUUAAUAUGAAGCAGCAGCAGUAGGAAAAGUUAGGUUAGCAUUAGCAGUAACUUAAUACGGCUCUGAUACGGCUGUAGGAGGUUGAACAUAAAAAAAUAGGGCUAAUGUCAAUGAGAUCAAAUUACAAACUUGUGAGAUGGUUUACAUACAUGUGUCCUGUGGGGCAGUUUGAAACCAGCCCAGGAAUGGCGGACUCCACCAAUAACAACAAAAACUACCUUAUCAUAAGGUAAUUGCAGAAGUAAAAUACUAAAUGACAAAAAUGCAGACCCUAAAGAUAAAAAUGAACCUUAACGGUUCAAUUUCAUGAAAAUCUUAAGGAUUAUAACUUUAGAUUUCAAAUGCAUUGUGGUCAGUCUAUUGGGAAGCACUGUGAAUCUUUAAAACUAUUCAACAACAUCAAUCAUUCUGUACACGGGAAGGAAACAUCAAACUGUUAAAACAAACCUAUGAUUUUUCAAAUCAGAUUUUACUCUGCGAAAUUAAACCUUAGCUUAGUUCCAUAUUCUUGCACCAGCUAACUUGAGCUUUAACAUAACAAAACUGACAAAUGUGUUCAAGCCUGAAAUGUGGAUGUUAGCCCCAAACCACAAGCCAUGGCACCUGUUUUUUGUUAUUUUGAGUGGUUGAAGAUGUACUUCCCUUUUAUCGGUCCAAGGAAUUGUUUCUCCCAUUGAGAUGAUAUAUGUCAGAAUUGAAGUCAUUUAUUAAUCAAAAACCAAAAAAACUGUUGAUGAAGUGUACUGUAGCAGGUGAUGAUGAUGUGUGGUUUGUCCGUGUCAUGCUCAGCAGUAUGAGGUGCCUUUGGUUGGGAACAGCAGUAGACUUUUUAAAAUUUGUUUCAUGAAAGUCCUGAUAAUUUGGUGUUUGUAAAUGGUUUAUAGAAAGGCAUAAAUGCGUAAUUACGUAUCACAUGCUCCAUCUUUCAGUGUCUGAGGGCUAAUAAUCCAAAUUCCUCAUUUAAUGGCUGUUCCUUGUUGUAAAUUGUAGACAGACAGCAGUGAACCAUCCAAAAGAACCCUCACUGUUCUGAUUUCCCACAGGAUGUUAAGGGACACAUUCUUGUUCACUCCAUUUAAUGGCUGCAUUUACAUGUAUUUGCAUUUUUGGUACUACAUGUAAGUGUGACCGAUCGAUGUCGAAACCGCUAGCACACUAGGUAUUGUCUGGUGCCUCAUUCAUAAAAAUACAACCCAGACUUGUUACAACUAGAGAAGACAAAUUCUAUUUUGUGUAUCUUCACAUCGCUGAUGAAAAAUAAUUGAAAAGGAUCUGAAGAACAAUGGGGCGACUGUAUUCAACAAUGGAGAAUAGGGUAUGCUGAUUAACACAGUGUGAACACAGCAUUGUGUUUUCAUGUAACAACAGCUAUAUGGAUAUGCAUGCUAUGUGGUGUCAAGAAUAAACGGUAAUUUAGUUUCUGUUUGGGGCAACUUUUACCAUUUUACCAAACCUUAUAUGAGACAUCUUUAGUCAGAACUGGAAAGUUGUUGAGUAUUUGCUCAUAACGAUUAGUCAUAUCUGAGUCAGAUCUGACUGUUAUGCAACAACCAUCUGUGCUGAAAAAUGUUAAGAGUUGCCAUUGUCCAAAACCACUUUAUUUUGACUAUUUGUUUGAAGACUACUGUGGGUGUCUCUCAGGAUUACAGACACCUGUCCAACAAAAAAACGCUCUCCUUUCAACACACUGGUGAAUCAUUCUGUCAGGAAAACCCCUUUCAAAAUUCCCCUUCCUUCAACUUUCCCAGAGUUUUGUCUCUACAGUGAUCGGUUGUUUGCAGGCAGACUACUAGACCUUCACAGCACAGUACUAACAUGUAACAUGUACAUGAUGACCUAACACACAGCCUUAAAGGGGCUGAUUCUGCAAUAAUGACCCUCUGUCUGGACAUUAUCUACCACCUGUUUACCAAAGACAGUCAUCAUGUGACACAAAAAGGAAAAUGGAUUUAUUACAAGCUAGAGUAAAUUACAAGCUUCUGCCAAAAAGGACUAUCAACCUCCAAACAUCUGUAGCUCAUGGGCUACACUGUAAAACUGUACAGAUGUAAGUAAAACAUACAAGACAAUAAACAAAAACUAAUGUAAGUAAGGUUACAGAACCUUUUUGUGUUUUUUAACCUCGUUUAGAAAAUUGUGCAUUAACAUGUUUUGGUUUUUAAAGACAUUCUUUUAAUUUGGCCAUUUUAAAUAUAGACACCUUACCGUAUUGGUUGGCAGGCUGAAGAAGCCGUAUAACAAUACCACAGAAAACCCCAAAUGUCUGUUAAACUUAACAAUAACUCAAUUUUAGGGCUUUUCUGUUAAAUCUCCACUCAUUAUAUCAAAUAGAGACUGCUCACACUCAUAGAGUCACACAAAACACAAUGUAUACGUGUUGCCUCAAGGUUAUUCAAAAGGUUUCAAAGUUCAGUGAACUGCUGAGUUUCCAAGUCAUCGUCGUCCGUCUUGUUAAUGUUGUCUCGUAUGUGCAAGGUGGAUAUUUAACUUCUUUUCUGAACCACAUGUGGCACAAAAAUCCUGUCUGUAAUCUAUUCCGAAAUGGCCUUGAAUCUUUGUGCCCUGGUGCAUUUGCAGCAGAUUUGUAUCUGCACUGAGGGUUUUUGAUAAGGUGCUUUAUAUAAAGGUGACAAUACCGUUUAUUACAGAUGUUGUGUAUAUCUUUGAUAUUCUAAUGUUUAUCCUAUUUUGCGAAGAAGAGAGAACAUUUAGGAAAAUCUAAAAAGCUAGUUAUGGUUGUCUAUUGGUACUGCACAGGGUCUGAUCUUUGCUUUGUAACUUUUUUUCCCCUCAUGGCUAAAAGUAUGUUAGAUAUUUUCUAGCUUUGUAGAGACUUUGUACGCAUAUGCUAUUCAGUUUAAAU